GACAUGGCACCUACAAUCACUGCAGCCAUCCAACAACAUUUAAAUAUUCUCAGAAAGCCUCUGGUGGAGAAGUUACGCAGAGAGCGAAUCAACAGCAGCAUUGAGCAGCUCAAGUCUCUCCUGGGUCCAGAGUUCCUCAAACAGCAGCCAGACUCCAAGCUGGAGAAAGCAGACAUCCUGGAGAUGACAGUUUGUGUCCUGACACAGCUGCAGCAGCAGCAUCAACAGCAGAGAAGACUGCUGAACCACUUCAACAAGCUGCAGUGUUCCUCUGAUAACAACCUGACAGAGGCUGACUUCUCUCCUCUGAGCUCCACAGUCCAGACCAGCAUCACCAAAGAACAGAGUCCAGUCAACAGCGCCCUCUGGAGGCCGUGGUAGACACCUACAGACUGGAGUUACUACCAGACAAACUCAGAUGACCAUAUUGGUCAAAGAUUACUGGAAAUGAAUUCUUCUGAAUUCUGACAUUUGAUGAACUUGUUCUUCUGUUUUACACAAGGUUUUAUUUUGUGUGU